AAAAUCAAUAAUGCCCACGACCAAAUUCACUGAAGCUUAUGACAGCUCCUGCAGGACACUGCCGACUCAGACGCGUUUCAGUUGCAUUUGGAAGUGCAGCGCGAGAGCUUCAUACAUGCAACUAGCCCGGAAGAUUGUGUUUCGGAUUGUGCCCCUGUUUCUGGUCGGGUGGCUUUUCACAAUGGGCGAGGCCUACCUGGAGAGUGUCCGCGUGGAGGAGAUACCCUUUGCCGGCGCCAAGGUCCCCGCGAGCCGUCGUUCCAGUGGCAUCCACCUGAUAUCCAGCCUUGAGCAUCAGCGCAAUUUUCUGCACCUCUUCCAAGUGCCCUACAUCAUCUGUUUCUAUGCCGCCAAAGGCAAGUGGCCCUAUGUGCCGGGAUUCAUGAAGUACAAGGUGGACAAUGCAGCUCGCAAUCUGUUCCAUAACAACGAUAGUUUCAUAAGACAGUUCUGCACCAAGUGGAUCCAAGUCAAGGAGUGCUUUCGGCCCAUUUUUGACAAGUCGAACUCAAGCAUCGAUGAUAUGGAGAUUGAGACACUGAAUGGCAACUACCAAGGGCAGCGAUGCAACUGCAACAAGCUCCGGUCCACGGAGGCUCCGGUUGUGUACUUUGAUAAGAACUACAUUGGUAACGUCAGCUCGGAGACCAUUUUGAACACGAUUGAAUUUUUGGAGGGUUUCUUACCGACGCCGACUAAAAAGCACAAGCGCAAGAAUCGCGUGCGUAGUCGUUUGGAUGAUAUGGAUAUUGAUAACUAAUCAACUUGAUGGACACUUUACAUUUACACCUUAAAACUAAAAUUUUAUAAUACAUUUCAC